AUGCAAGGGAAGCCCGAUUUCUACGGCAGCGCUUCGCCCGUAGCAAACCUACCCAUGUUGUUCACAGAACCUGCUUACAAAGGUGCUUGGGGAUCACCCUCACCUACACAAGCUCAAGGGUACCCUCAUAACACAAUAGGAGGAAUGACGAAGACGUCGCUAGAUGCGCACACGCAUCCUCAUAUACGCAAUAUGCAAGAUCCCUAUCAAAUGUUUGGACCCACCAGCAGUAGGCUAGCUACUUCAGGAAGUGGACAAAUUCAGUUGUGGCAGUUCCUUUUGGAGCUCCUGUCAGACAGCAGCAACGCGAACUGCAUUACGUGGGAAGGGACCAACGGUGAAUUCAAAUUAACAGAUCCAGACGAAGUCGCCAGGAGGUGGGGCGAGAGAAAAAGCAAGCCCAACAUGAACUACGAUAAACUGAGUCGGGCCCUCCGAUACUACUACGACAAGAACAUUAUGACCAAAGUGCACGGCAAACGCUAUGCCUACAAAUUUGAUUUCCAGGGUCUGGCACAAGCAACACAGCCCACUGCGGCAGACCCUACUUACAAGUACCAGUCGGACCUUUUCAUGUCAGGCUACCAUCACAGUCCCAAACUGAACUUCGUCGGGGCUCAUACGGGAAUACCUUCCACGACGGGUAGCAUUUUCCCAGCCCCGACAUCUUACUGGACAAAUCCCAGUGCCAAUCUGUAUUCGAACAUUGCAGCUGCAUCGACUCACACGAUGCCGCAUCAUCCAGGUCAUGUGACGUCACACAUCGGAUCGUAUCCGCAUUAUGCAUGA